UCUGACUCACAUCUGAUGCAUGGUCUGACACACACUCGGUUAAGCGCUGAUAGACGUCCACGGAAAUCCACUUCCGGUACAGGCUCGGGCGCGUCUCUGUUACUAGGAAACAGAAAAACUUGGGAAGCAGCCAAGACAAUUUCUGUUCACUCAGACUCGCUGCAGUGCCUUAUUUGGCCGCCAGAUGGCGAUGAGGCGCACAGGCGCUCACACACUCACCGCGGAACUGCAGUGAAGAAGAGCGAGAACAUGCACAAGUUUGGAGGCGCUGCAGGAUUCUGCGCCGCUCUGGCAGCGAUGGCAUCGUCUUCAUCAGAUACAGAAAAACCCAAAGAGGAAAUCAACAUAGAUGAGCUAUCUCUAUACACAACCCCUCAGCAGAAAUUCCACUAUGUGGAGCCGGAGAAAGGAACGAUGGAGGAGAACGUGACCACACUGAGGAACAUGGCUGAGCCUUACAUUACCUGGUGUCAGCAAACGACUAAUUCAGCUAAACAGAAGGUCGAGGGAGUCUACGCGGUGCUGAAGCCCAAAGUGGACAGGACAGUUCAGUUUGGCCAAGACAGUUACGCGUAUUUGAGAAAUCCUGCUCCGGAGUUUUAUCCCAGAGCCGGAGUCAUCGGAUUCGCCGGCAUCCUCGGCCUGUUCCUGGCGAGAGGCUCCAGGAUGAAGAGGUUGAUUUACCCGACAGGUCUGAUGGCUGUUGGUGCUUCUAUGUACUACCCUCAACAAGCAGCCGUCAUUGCCAAGAGUUCAGGGGAUGCUGUGUAUGAAUUCACACUUCAGGCUUACGUGACUGUCGAAACGCUCAUUAGAGGAAAGCCUGCAGUGAAGCCCGGAGAGAAAGCGACGAAGGCAGAAGAGAAACCGGCCAGCGGAGACACGAAAGCGUAGAAACAGGAAACGACGACGUAACAGAGCUUCGGCUUUUGCACUAGCCACGCCCCAUUACCGUCAGUCACAGCAGACGGGGCGGGGCCUGUCAAAGUACUUUUAUCCAUGAAUGUGGGUGUAGCCUGCUGAAACGGUAUUUUAAUGUAUAUUUCUGUACAAACGCAAAUAAAAUAUUAUCGUACCAGUCUA